GCUCCCCGCGGGACCCGGGGCAGAUGGUACAGUCUCUGGAGCAGAUGUUGACAGCCAGAGCUCACAGUCUGUCUUUUGGCCAGCUGCAACGCACAGCGCCACACAGUGAGACCGAGGCUUGGCCCAGUGUGGCGCUCACCUGACAACCGAACCAUCCCUCACCUGAGUCGAGCUGAAACAGAAACACAGAGCAGAGCUGAGGCCGCGGCUCCACAGGCCUCCCCUGGGUGAGGUAGUGUUGUGCUGGGUGAGGGAAGUGUCACUCACACAUCAUGGACGCCAGUGAUGCUCUCUUUGUGAACCAGACACAAAAUGUCCUCUUAUAUGUCCAAAUAUAGAGGAGGUGGAGGCUGACAUUUAUAUACAAUAUAUCUUGAAAAUGGGAUUCCUUAUUUCAACAUGAAAGUUUCUACAUUUUGUCUGCACCUGGAAACCAUCAGAGUGAGAACUCUUCCCUCCCUCACCUCUCAACUCAAACUGGUAAAGCGUUUGAUGGACUUGUCACGUGACGUCACCCUCUGGGCAGAAGAGGCGUUGGAGAGUUUCGCCCGGUUGUCAUUCCCAGAGGAAGAAGAGGGUGUGAUCGACAUUUACCUGUCCAGACUUACCUGGUGCUGUUGCUGUAUAUGUUGGUCGUCGAGUUUCCUCUGCUGUACGACUUUAAACACUGGCUUCACUUAAGAGUAAAACGGAGAAGGCAUUAAAGGAUGCUAAGAGGGUCCUGACGCGUGGCCCCAACAUGAGUGUGACGUCAUGGUUCCUGGUCAGCAGCUCUGGCACACGCCACCGGUUGCCACGGGAGAUGAUCUUCGUUGGCAGGGAUGACUGCGAGCUAAUGCUGCAGUCCCGCAGUGUGGAUAAACAGCAUGCUGUCAUCAAUUACGACCAGAACACGGACGAGCACAUGGUGAAGGACCUGGGCAGCCUGAACGGGACAUUUGUGAAUGACCUGAGAAUCCCAGACCAGACGUACAUCACGCUCAAGCUCUCUGAUGUCGUCCGUUUUGGCUAUGAUGCUCAUGUAUAUAUCCUGGAGAGGAGUCAACACAAGGUCCCAGAGGAAGCUCUCAAACACGAGAAGUACACCAGCCAGUUGCAGCUUGGUAUUAAAGCCCUGCAGGCCAAGGCAAAGGAAAAACAGCAGCUCCAGAGCUCGGAGAAGAGCAAAAGCUCUGUGUCCAAACUUCAAGACAAGGCCGAGCGAAAAGCCCAGUCUCUUACAGCUUCCACAGAGUCUCCCAUAUCCAAGCCCACUCCUCUCUAUGGCCAACCAUCCUGGUGGGGCGAAGAUGAGGAAGCAGCCAGCAAAUCCAAGAACAGAGGUGGAAAAUCACCAGAACAGGAGUCUCCAGAGCCUGCUAAAGACGUGUCCAGAUAUGAGGUCAACGGUUCUCUGUCCGAGAGUCAGGCCAAGUCCAUCCUAUCAUACCGCCGCGAGCCCAGCUACUUUGAGAUCCCAACAAAAGAAUUACAUCAGCGAGCUGCCAAGAAACCCGAGUCGCAGGUCCACGAGGUGCCCACCAAAGACACUCCAAAUCCCGCUGACAUCGUCUCCUCUACGCCCCCCGUGGUACAAAGCCACGCCUCCUUCACCAUCGAAUUUGACGAAUGCACGCCAGGGAAAAUGAAGAUCAAGGACCACGUGACAAAGUUUUCUUUCCGCCAGCAGCACAAGUUACCUUCCACAGAGCACGUCACCGCACCCACUGAGGUGAUUUCAGCAGAAAGCAAAGUUGCUGAUUGGCUGGUCCAAAGCAAUGCUAGCAUGAGGCGAAAGUCCAUAGCUGAAGAACUGUAUGGCACAAACGGUUACUCAUCGCCUCUGAGGAUCACCAAGGCUAACCACAGUGAAGAUGACACUCAUGUUGAAUCAAGAGAUCCUGCAAUAAAUGGGGGAGAUUUCCUCCAAUCAGAUCCUCUGAGUGGGUCCCAUGUGUCCCCACAACCCCUGAGAGCCUCCCCACCACAACGCCUCGCCUCCCCUGACUCUGAGGAGGCGUUGUCCCGCUCUCCACCAGAGCCUCAGUCCCUGUCCAGUCUUGGCAAGGCUGAGCCUCACCAAGCCUUUGUCAUUGAAUUCUUUGAUGAAGGCCCACGAAAGAAGCGCUCCCAGUCCUUCACCAAUAACCCAUCUCCACCCGAGUCCUCAUGCCUCAGGGUCCCUUUGGAUAAGGUGAAGAAAAGCUCAAGCCCAGCGGUGGAGAGACGAGGCCCACCUCCAGCCUCCACCACCACCCCAACCAAACGAUACACUGUCCCUCUAAAGGGCCCUGCUUCCACAGGCUUCCAGAGAGCUGGCUCUCUACGCAGGGAGAAGACAGAGGACCGGAUGAGCACCAGCUAUUCCUCCCGCUCUUCUUCCUCCGUGUCUGCAAGGCCCUUUAGCAGUGUGGGCCGGAGGUCUAAACUCGCCCAGGAAUUUAAUGCGGAAUUUCUCAAACAAGCAAAGCAGGCCGCGUCUGCCAGCUGGGAGGAAAAUGCAUCUAGUCCCCCCACAGCAGCUAAAACGGAGACAGUGGCCAUAUCGCAGAGUAGUCCCGCUCCAUCUAAAGCUCCAUACCAGCCACAGACUUCCUCUCCUAUCCACCAGCCUGUUGCCCUCAAGGCCCCUGUGAUGGCCCCGGUAACUCAGAGUGUGGAGGUCACAAGCCCCACUGUUGGUCCAAAACACGAGGAGGAGGACAGUUUGAGUGACGCAGGAACCUACACCAUUGAAGCCGAUAUUCAAGAUAAAGAGCUAGAGGAGGCACGGACCAAGAUUGACCAGAGCCCAGAGCGAACCAACCAGACUGAAGCAGAUUCUUCCUCAGAGUUUAGUCCUGUUCUAGUUGAGAGCAGGGAGCAGGAUAGGCAGAGUAGCUGUGGGGAGGUGAGGCCAGCUCCAGAACAGGGACAGAGUCUGGUGGAGGUCCAGGCAGCAGGUGCAGUGUUGCAGGGGGCUCCUAAGUGGAUGUCUUGCUGGGCCAGCCUGGCAGACAGCUACACAGAAUCUGGCCCUUCGUCUGGCCUCUUUGACAUCUCCUCCCAGAUGGAGCUGUCAGCAGGGGCACGAGGAUCAAUCACCAACAAUGCCACGCUCACCCGACACAACGACAGCGCCGACAGCGACGGUUCAAGAGCUCGCCGCAUCCUGCCCCAGGUGCCGCAGAGGGAGAAGAGUGACAUUCCAACUCCCAGCAUUCAUGUUCAUUAUGACCCGCAUUCGACAUUUAUUGUAGGGGAGAGGGGCUUGGCGACCCCCAGGUUUCAGGAGGGCCUUCACAGGUUAUCGGUGCAGGACGACGUAGAGCCCGACAGCCUGAGCGAUGCCAGCAGGUCAGACGACGGUUCCAUCGUGGAGCAAAAGAGGAGACAGCCGUCGGACACAGAAGAGAAGACAAAAGAGAACAAACUCUCAACAAAGUCUACGUCAUUCUACAUCGGGUCCGAGGAGUCACAACCUGAUCGUGGGGGCUCAAACUCAAGCACUGAAAAAAGAAAUGGAACCAAAAUGUUCUCAACAGCCACUCUAACCAAACCCAAAGGUAGCCCGGACUCAGGAAAAAUCAAGCCCACUUUGUCGGCUCCUGUCCUAAAUCAGAGUUCAGACUCAGAGGGUAGUGUCUCUCCAUUAAUCAGACAAGAGAGCUACACUAAGGAGCAGCCUAGCAAUGCCAGAUUACCCAACAUCUCUAUCCUGUCUCUUCAGAGAGAGUCUGAAUCAUUCCAGGGUGCCGUCAAUCAGGACACACAUUCUUACCUCAAGGACACGGAGGACGUCCUGGCUGCUUUGGAGGCCAAACUCCGAGCAGGACAAUCAGUGAAAACCCCGUCUCCUGUAAUGGACUGUGUGUCUACGGAGUCUGAUGUGGAUACCUCCAGCACUGUGAGCCAACAUAGCAAUAACACCAGGUCAAAUAUACGGACAAGUAAAGCCUCUGCUAGUGACCUCCAUAGGGAUAGGUCUUCAGGCAGUAUAGCUAGUCAGGACUCAAGUUACCAGUCCACUACAUCGGAAAAGAUGCGUUCUCUGGAAGCAGAUAGCAACAAUCAGACCGGGUUUUUCAGGAGGCCGGUUGGACUCAGACGUAGUGUCGGGAAACACGGAUCCACAGACCUCAGUGACGACCCGCAGAGCUUACCUUACUCUGAUCAGGAGUCCAACAGCUACCAAACACGCAAAAAAUACACUGUGCCCCUUCAGAAAGAGGACUCCAAGACAACAAGAACGUCCAUGGCCUUGAGUCGGGCCAACAGCUUGACAGCCCCGAGACCCACCAGAGCGUCCAUGCUCCGCCGUGCUCGCCUGGGAGAAGCUUCAGACAACGAGGGCACGGAGACGGACAGGAUGUCCCAGGAGGCCGGCAAUGCCCCGGCUAAGCAACCCCAGGAAACCAAGAAACUCUCCAGGCUGGACAUGCUGGCGAUGCCUCGUAAGCGUGCAGGCUCGUUCAACACUCCCAGCGACACGGAGUCCUCUUCAGCCCCAAUCCGCUCGGGAUUCUCCAACCGCAGCACGGAGUCAGGAGGCAGCUCGGCUCGGAGGGCCUCCACUUCGGGGCUGAAGCCUGCAGAGAAGCAGCAGAAAGCCCCGCCGAACAAGGCCCCUCUCACAAGGGGACGCUCAAACAGUGCCAAGUAUACCGGCAGCACCACAAGCUCCAGGAGACGUCAGAAAGGCUCUGACUACGCCUCUACCUCAGACGAGGAGUACGACUCAAACCAGAGCAUUCCUAAACACAAACGCUCCCAACCUUCCUCAGCUUCCCACAGCCCUCGUCAUCAGGCUCGGCCUCAGCCCGUGGUCGCGCUGCGCCCCAAACCCCGCAGCAGAGACUCUGAGGACGAGAACAACGAAGGAGAGGCCUAUAAUAAUUGGACCAAUCACAGUUCUGAGAUUGCAAGGUUGAGUCAAGACCUGGCUAAAGACCUAGCUAUCUUGGCGAGAGAGAUUCAUGACGUGGCGGGUGAUGGUGACCCCACAAACCCAGCAGAAGAGAUCAGUGCGCCUGUCUCCGCAGUAACCGCUCAUGAACAGCUGGUUCAUCGUAUCCCUGAGGCUGGACUAAACUACCAGAGAGUGCCACCAAAUGCUGCCCCUCCAAGGGAACCGGAGCAGAGCUGCAGUGACCCUGAGGUGAGCUCCAGGCCGCGAGCGAGGAGCAGAGACGAGGUCACUGUGGACAAUCUGAUGCUAAACCCAGUGUCUCAGGUCACCAUGGCUAUCAGAGAAAACACUGAGCAACUCGCUGACAAAAUUAAGUUACUGUUCCAGGACAGGGUGGAUAUCUGGGAAGAGAUUGAUGCAAAGGCUAACUCUGACAAUGAUGUUCCUGUUGUCAAAAGCGCCAACAAGGUAAGGGACUCGUGUUUGUCAACAUUCAAAUUGAAAUGUGUGCCAAUUAUUGCUUAUCGUAUUGGAUCGCUGAAUUGGACAUUUGUACUGCAGGAAAUCACAUCCAUCUUGAAAGAACUCAGGAGAGUUCAGCGACAACUUGAGGUCAUAAACACAGUGAUGGAGCCCAGUGGGCAGCUUGAAGCAUCCAGGGCCUCAGCCUCUUCUUCUUCUUCCGGGGUCCAGCCCUCCAGACCCCCCGCCUCACGGGAUUGGAGGACGGUCCACUCUGCCUCCAGACGUGGCGGCGGCCCCCGGCCCAGCGAGAGUGUGAGGAGAGCCGCUGUGACACCAGACGAUGUCAGAGCGGGGUAUCUGGUGUGAGACCAACACGCAGUUCCCACCAGCGCUGAUCUGCUGCUGUGACCCCACACACAGGUGUCGGACCGUUAUACGCAAUAUGAAACCAAGAGGGGGGAAGUGAGAGUGUAAACACAGAAGUGUAGCCUCCUGUACCUCCAAACAAACACUACUGCACUAUAAGCACUACACACCCACACAGAGGUGUCAUUUACAGUGACCUAAACACCCUUAGAGUACACAAGGCCUACAUAUGAGGUGAAGAUUUGAGGAAGUACCAAAAUAUUUUCAUAAACCAAACCUCGACAAGGCCUCUAGACUAUACUUGAUUCUCUGUUUUAAAGGUCGACUUCUUUAUUUGCCAAUGAUAUGAGAAACAUAGCUGAUUUUAAAGUUUUUCUAUUUAUCGUCCUGAGCAUAAUCUUCUCAGGGAAAUCUAUGAGUAUAUAAGAUGUCUAUGUUUAGUGACAAAUCACAUUUCUGAGGAAAUAUUGCUAUUUCUUUCGGGUAGAAAGCACUGCAGGAACAGCAGCAGAAUGUAGUGUACUGUGUACUCCUGUUCAACCACUUGAUUUCCCUUUUUGUUUCCUUCCAAUGUUGUUGUCUUCUUGUUGCAUCUUUUCUCUUAGUGGACCAGAUUUAUCAACAGAUGUCAAAAGUAUUUUUUAUUAGGGAGCUCCUUUGUGAGACAUUGUAACCGAGACAACAUGAGAAUUAGUACCAGGACAAUUUAUGUGAUAUCACACAGUUGCUAGUAUUUAUUCUGUUAACAUUUCCCAGCGUAGCGACUCUGUGCAGCCCUCCUCAGUGGACGGACACUAUUUUGUUCAGCUGAGAAUGAUAAGGAAUGUGUGGUCCGGCUGGUAGAAGGGACUCAGUCUAGUCACCUGGCAACCACACACUCACACGGCUAUAAAACCAGGGUUUCCACGCAUUCCUGGCCUCUUUACCUUAUAAGAGAGGGUUUUUUUAUGUGUGUUGAACACAGUUGGGGGCUUACAUCUAGUUUUAGUUUUCCAUGCCUCAGUCGGCUCUGAAGUUUGGCCAAAGACAAUCAUAAAACGACUUAAUGUGUUUACACUAAUCACAUCACACCUACAGUAAAUAUCAGAGCUCUGUGGUUAGACCUGAUGUUUCCUCUUCCUCUUCUGAUGGGUCCUCACAUGACAGGAGUAAUGUAAAUGUAGCAUUUAAGUGACAAAGUCAGCUUGAAUCUGAAAGUAUAAAUCUAAUGAUUAGUUUGUGACAUUGUGUUCUAUAUGUAAAUAAGUAAAGAUAUUUGUACGUCAUAGAAAUUACCUCUCAAUCGUGUCUUUUGCACAUUAUCCCCCUCGACUUUAUAAUGCUGCAAACUGGAAACCACCUCUGCCCUGUGAAUGAUUGUAAACAGUUGAUGCUGUGGAGGUCGAAUCGGGUAAAGAAGGUGAGCCAGUGCACCAGCAAGAGUCCCCCCCCCAGUCCAGAUUGUACAUGUGAUUGUAAUUGGGAAGUACCUUAAGUGCCACAGAGCUGUGUGGGACAGUGGUUGUUUACAAACUCAAGCUAAAGUUGAAUGUUUGUCCUUUAACCUCACUUGCUCAAAGUGUUGCUGCUAUUCGUUGUCCAUGGGAUAGAAAAUCUCCUUCGCUUUACUCCAUCUUAGUCUAGAGCAGGUUUGAGAGCUGAAAUGUCAUUCUUGUUUGUCAAAUUUGUGACUCCUUUUUUGAUAUUCAAUCAGUUUCUCCUCGUUUUACCCAGAAUGAUUUUUGUUGUAAUCUUGCUGUCUUGUAAGCUGGUAUUCAUGUGUUGUGUAAUUUGUUAGAGAAUGAUUGCAGGUUUUUCAAAUAAAUAUGAUCAGUAAAGUUA